CUCGCGCGCGGGAGGCGGGAAACGAAGAGCCAAUCACAGGCGAGCAGAGUGUGAGUAUGGGUGGGAAACAAACAAAAACGCCUCGUUGAGAGGAAGAGAAAGAGACAACAAGCUGAUGUUUUAUCUGAGUCAUGGCUGGAACUGUGAGUUUGGAGCUGGACCCUGUUUUCCUGAAGGGUUUGGGGUACCUCCACUCCAAGAGCAAAGACUCCGCCGAGAAGCUGAAGGCUCUGCUGGACGAGUCUCUGUCCAGAGGAAGUGAUUCAGCGUAUCGUACCUCUCUGAAGGAAGCCGAGCUUUCCAAAGCGUCGGUACCCAAACUGAUCAAACAGGACUCCAAAUCAACGUCCGGCUCAUCUUCAUCGUCAUCGUCGUCAUCUUCGUCAUCGUCGUCAUCUUCUUCAUCAUCAUCAUCGUCCAGCGGUAAAUCCAGCAGCUCGGAGAAAAGCAAGAAGGAAGUUGAGAAAAGACCUGCUGAGAAGGUGAGGUCGGAGUGCGGAGAUGCAGGUGAUCCGCCCAAAAAGCCGCGUCUGGAUAAAGCGGAAAAUCGUUCGUCCCCCAUCGCCUUCCAGACUAAAGACAUUCCCAUGGGAGACUUCAGCUACAGCGACGAGACCAACGCUGAUGACUUCGCCAUGGAGAUGGGAUUAGUGUGUGUCGUGUGCAGACAGAUGACGGUGACUUCAGGGAAUCAGCUGGUGGAGUGUCAGGAGUGUCACAACCUGUACCAUCAGGAGUGCCACAAACCCCAGGUGACGGAUAAAGACGUGAACGACCCGAGGUUGGUGUGGUACUGCGCACGCUGCACGCGCCAGAUGAAGCGCAUGGCUCAGAAGACGCAGAAGCCUCCUCAGAAGGCGAGUCCGACCGUAACGUCAGUCACGCCGGUGGUUAAAGACCCGCUGGUGAAGAAGGCGGAGCUGAAACCCAAACCAGACACGACCGGAUCUUUUCAGGCCUUUAAGAGGACAGAGGUCAAGGCGUCCUCUGCGGCGCUGGUGAACUCGGCGAGCAGCGCGUCGUCUCUCCCCUCGGGCAGCGCUCUCACUGGCUGGGCCGCCUUCACCAAAACCUCCGCUUCAGCGUCAUCCGGACCCAAACCCGGCCUCGCUAAGCCCCUCCCCUCCUCCACCAGUUCAAAGCCCAUUGGUCUGUUUGCGUUGGGCACCAAAGCACAGACAGGAAGCGGAAACGGGAACAACGGCGGUAACGGGAACACGGCGGCCCAGCUGAAGCCGCCGCCCCCUCUCACGCUGGGGAAACCCGCUCUGAGCCGUUCCGGCAGCGGGGAGAACCCGGGAAAGUCCGGCUCGUCCUCACCCGGGGCGAGCGGCUCCAGCGGCGCCGGGGGCAACGGGGCAGCGGGCGGAUCCAACGGGGGGGCAACGGGGGGCAACAGCAGCGGCGCGAGCGGCAGCAACAGCAACAACGCCAACAGUCAGAAAGCAUCAGCCGACGGCAAAGCACCGACAUCACAGGAGUCUCAGCUCAACGCCAUGAAGCGCCUGCAGAUGGUGAAGAAGAAAGCAGCGCAGAGGAAGCUGAAGAAAUAAACACACAGCACCCAGAGAGAGGCAGGGGGAGAGAGAGAGGGGGAGAGAGAGGGGGAG